AUGGCGAACGAAAAGGACCAACAAAGCGCGCUCAACGGCAUAGCGAACAAUCAAAACGCUGGCAAUCUGAAGAGAAAGGUCCCCGGCAAGGAAGACCAACCGAAAAGGACGAAAAAACGCAAGCACGAGCAAAACAUCAUAAUAACCGAUAAGAAUCCCAUAUCGUUGCUCAACGAGCUCAGGACCGGCUUGAAAUACGAAUUAAUCGAAGAAUGCGGCCCAUCGCAUUGUCCCACGUUCAAGCUAUGCGUAGAGGUGGACGGGAAAAAGUAUUACGGUUUAGGGAAUUCCAAAAGGGCCGCCAAAUCGGCGGCGGCCGCCGAGGCUUUGAAAUCAUUCAUACAAUUCCCUACGAACGGUACGUUUAAUACUUGUACGGAUAGCAAAAUGGAUUUCACAUCGGAUCAAGUGAUCGGGAAGAAUUCGAAAGAGUUGAAUUGUUUGAAACAAAACGUCGUUACCAAAGGAUCGUUGAUGUUGUUGAACGAAUUGUAUCCGAAUUCUGUGUUUACUUGUUUUUCCAACGAAAGGGAUUCGUUUCAUCGGUUUAAAAUACAGAUUACGAUCGAUAACGAGACCUUCGUCGGUACCGGCCCCAACAAGAAAUCCGCCAAAAACGCCGCCGCCUCGGCCGCUCUCUGCAAGCUCACCGACUAUCCCGCCCCCGACGUCUUCGUCCCCUCCGCCUCCGCCAAAAACGCCGCCGCCGCCGCCGCCUUUCAUUCGCGCGAACACCGCCAAUUAGCGGACGCCAUCGGUCGACUAAUCAACGACAAAUUCUCAUCGCUGAUGGCCGACGACGUGCCGCACAUGCGCAGAAAAGUCAUAUCGGGCAUCGUCAUGACCCGCAACUCGGACAUUUCCACCGCCCAAGUUAUUUGCGUCACGACGGGCACCAAAUGCAUCUCCGGAGAGUACAUCAGCAUGACCGGCGCCACAUUGAACGAUAUGCACGCCGAGAUACUAUCCAGAAGAUGUCUGUUGUUGUAUUUCUACGAUCAAUUGGAUGUACUCAAUUCGCCGGAACCUCAUCGAUCGAUCUUCGAAAGGAACUACUCGGAUGGUAGACGGUUCAAAUUGAAAGAUGACGUGGAAUUCCAUUUGUUCAUUAACACGGCUCCUUGCGGUGACGCGAGGAUAUUCAGUCCGCACGAGGAUAAUAAUUCGGUGGAUAAACAUCCAUCGAGGCUAUCCAGAGGUCAAUUGAGAACGAAAAUCGAAUCGGGCGAAGGGACUAUACCGGUGAAAAACGUCUCGCGAAUACAAACGUGGGACGGGAUCCUCCAAGGAGAACGACUACUCACCAUGUCCUGUUCGGAUAAGAUAUGCAGGUGGAACGUUUUGGGGCUACAGGGGGCGUUGUUGUCGUAUUUCCUCGAUCCGAUCUACCUGAAAACCAUCGUGCUGGGCAGUUUGUUGAAAGAGAGCCAUUUGUAUCGAGCCAUAUGCGGUAGAAUCGAGUCUACGUUACAGGGUCUACCGCCACCGUUUUUGCUAAACAGACCCGGCAUGUUGAGGCUCACUUCCACCGAAGUCAGGCAGGCUUUGAAAGCGCCGAAUUUCUCCGUCAUUUGGACCAUCGGAAUGGACAAACCGGAGGUGGUGAAUUGUAAUACGGGUAAAUUGGAGGACGGUCGAUUGUCGUUGGUUUGCAAGCAGAAUUUGUGCAACAGGUUUAGUAAAACGUUCGAUGCUUUCUCCGAUGGUACUGCAGCGAAAUGCGUACCGGGUACUCUGAUGGAAGCGAAAGAGAUGGUAGCGAAUUACAAUCAGGCGAAGAGGAGUUUGUACGAUGCUUUCGCUAAAGGCCAAUUGGGUUCGUGGGUUACGAAGCCCAUCGAACAGGAUUGGUUCGAUAUCCGAUCGUCCGGUGAUGGGGAUUGGUCGAUUCCCGUUUCGGAUUAG